CAAUAGUCGUAUGUGCAACUUUCCCACCUUUUAUUUUAAAUAACUUUUAAUAGUCCCCUCUUUCUCGUGACACUAUUGUGAAUUAUAACUACAAAGCAUAGUAUGUACGAUUAUCCAGAAAAAUUGAUCGUAGUCCCUUUACAUAAUAAUGAGAUAUUAUUACCUGCUAUUACUUUACGUCUCUUGAUUCGUGGUAAACAAGCAGCAGAACUCACUAAAGCCUAUUUUAAACAGCAUUCAUCUUCUAUACAGCAAGAUAUUUAUGUUGCUUGUAUUCCUUUAAGACAAGGAGAAGAGAAUCAUGAUGAUGAUGAUGAUGAUGCUAUCGUUUCACAGGCACCUCAAGUACCCUUACCCUCAAAUAUGUCAAUAGCAGACAGCAACAACUUAGUCUCAAUCAGAGACAGAUAUCGUCUUAUUGGUUUUGGAUGUCUAGCACGUAUUGUACGCGUUCAAAGAUCAGGAACUAAUCUCUUUGGUGUCUUUGUGGAGGGAAUUUGUCGGUUCAAACUGGAUCGAUUCACUCAAAAUACACCCUCUAUGCCUUUCGCUAAUUACUGGACAGUCCAUGUCCUUCAUUACGAUUAUCCAUCUACAGCCACAACUCUAUUCAAUAGAAAAUUUAUAAACCUAACAGAGAGUUUGAUAGAGAUCAUGAAACAACAUAGGAUAUCAAGUGAUCUGUUGGAACAACUGAUCAAAAUAAGGGGCUCACAUUCAGUCUCUGACUUUGCAGACUUCUUGACGUCUAUCAUUGAUACAAGUUAUGAAGAACGUUUGAAAAUGUUAGAGACACAUGAUAUAACAACGAGGUUAGAGAUGAUAUGUGGAUAUUUAAUGAGACAACUGAGUGUUCUAAAAAUUUCUGGGGCUUUAGGAGGAGCACUAGAAGGAAAACUAACACGACACCAGCGUGAAUUCUAUCUUCGUCAACAAUUGGAAGCUUUACAAGAGGAUAGAACUAAUAGUCAUAAUGAUAAUGAUGAUGAUAAUAUCGCUGUAUUAAAUCAACGUUUAGUAAAAGCCAAUUUACCAGAACAUGCUAUUCGUAUUGCUCAGCGUGAACUAAAAAGAUUAAAGAAAAUGCAACUAACCAAUUCUGAAUGGGCUGUUGGAUAUAACUACCUCACUUGGCUAGCAGACUUACCCUGGUGUCGUUCUAGCGCUUUAAUAGUCGACGUAGACCGCUCAAGACGACAAUUGGAUGCUGAUCAUUUUGGAUUGCAAAAAAUCAAGAAGCGAAUCAUUGAGUAUAUAUCUGUAUUGAAGACAAAAAAGGAUUUAAAGGCACCUAUCUUGUGUCUUGUGGGCCCACCUGGUGUAGGCAAGACAUCUUUAGGAAAGUCGAUUGCUCAAUCGAUGCAAAGAAAAUUUCAUCGUAUUUCAUUAGGCGGAAUUCGAGAUGAGGCAGAAAUAAGGGGGCAUCGUCGUACAUAUGUUGGUGCUAUGCCAGGUCUUAUUAUUCAAGCACUUUGCAAAUGUCAAGUCAAUAAUCCUCUACUCCUUUUAGAUGAAAUAGAUAAACUUGUACAUCAUUCACAGCAUGGAAACCCUGCUGCUGCCCUUUUAGAAGUGCUUGAUCCAGAGCAAAAUUCAACCUUUAAUGAUCACUAUCUUAAUGUGGCCUUUGAUUUAUCUCAGGUCCUGUUUGUGGCAACGGCCAAUAACUUGGAUACAAUUCCUGCGCCUUUAUUAGACCGUAUGGAAGUGAUUGAGCUAGAAGGAUAUACGAUCGAAGAAAAACUGGAUAUUACAAAACGACAUUUGGCUCCAAAACAAAUACAAUAUCAUGGUAUGAGGCUAGAUCAAGUCAUAAUCAAUGAUCAAGCAAUACUAUUUAUAAUUGAAAGGUAUACAAGAGAAAGUGGAGUACGUGAGCUAGAGAGACAAUUAGGUGCUACUGUACGUGCUAAAUGUGUGCAGUUUACUACAUCACAGCAGCAAUAUGAACCAAAUGUGGAGGUUAAACAUAUUGAAUCAAUAUUAGGGAAUACAAAGUUUGAAAAAGAAGUAACAGAAAGAGAAGCAUAUGCUGGUGUUGUAAUUGGCUUAGCUUACAUGAAUCAGGGUAAUAGUAGUAUCUUAUUUGUUGAGGCUACUAAAAUGCCAGGUAAUGGCCAAUUACAUUUGACAGGAUCGCUCGGCACUGUUAUUCAGGAAUCAGCACAAUUGGCUUUAUCUUGGGUCAAAUCUAACGCCUAUACUUUAGGCUUAGUAUCUCAUUCAAAAGAGAAAAUGGUUGAAAAUGAUGAUAUUCAUAUUCAUUUUCCAAGUGGCUCCAUUCCCAAAGAUGGCCCUAGUGCAGGUAUUACACUUGUAUGUGCACUUAUUUCGCUUUAUUCAAACAAACCAGUUCCAAUUACAACAGCCAUGACAGGGGAAAUUUCACUUCGAGGCCAGGUUCUACCUGUUGGAGGAGUCAAAUCUAAAGUGCUUGCAGCUCACCGAGCCGGUAUACGUAGAAUUAUCUUACCGUUUAAAAAUAAACGAGAUAUUGAAGAUGUGCCCAAUAUAAUACGUGAUCAAAUCGAAUUUUGUUAUGUCAAGACAAUUUGGCAUGUUCUUAGCUUUGUUUUUAACAAUAAGCAACAAAUUAGGAUGGAUGAAAGUCAUUUAUAAAAAAGAAAAGAAAA